AUGCAAGGAACGGGUAAGACUGAAAAUACACUUGGUGAGAAAAGUCUAUAUGAGAAAAACUCCAACAGUAAAUCAAGCUGUAACGAAUGUGAAAGAGAUUCACUUGCUUUAGUGAAUUCAAUACCGAUACUUAAUCGAAAUAUACCAUCGCAAUCAAAAUAUGUUUCACUUCCUGUUGAAGAACGACAACGAAAUGAUGAGACAGAUGCAGAAAGGGCGUAUGCAGAAAUUUUAAAAUAUUGUCAAAUGACAAAAAUUCAUUUUGUUGAUGAUUCAUUUCCUCCUAUUUUACGUUCAGUUGGGAAUGAAGGGUUAAAUGUUAAAGUUUUACAAUGGUUAAGAAUACGCGAUAUUGCACCAAGUUUGUUGGACGAUAGUCAAUUUAAAUGGUCAGUCAUGUUAAAAGAUCCAAAUUCAUCAGAUAUACAACAAGGACAACUUGGCGAUUGUUGGUUAAUGGCUGCUUUGGCUUUAAUUACAGAACGUCCAGCGAUGCUUCAACAUAUACUGUUAACAAAAGAAGUAAAUAAUGAAGGAAUUUAUUUAAUUCGAUUGUGUAAAAAUGGACAAUGGGUGACUGUUAUGGUCGAUGAUUGCUUUCCUUGUACAUCAGGGAAAAUAUUAGCAUUUACCCAAGCUAAACGACGACAAUUAUACGUUCCAUUAAUUGAAAAAGCAUGUGCGAAAAUAUUUGGUUCAUAUUCCAAUCUAAUCGGUGGUCAGACGUCGGAAGGAUUACUAUUGCUUACCGGUGCGCCUUGUAAUCAUAUACAUUUAGAAAACCACUAUACAACUAAUCACAAUGGAGGAGAACAAAUAGAUUCGGAUGUAUUAUGGGCAAAAUUAUUGAGUGCAUGUGAAUUCGAUUUGUUAAUUGGUGCAUCAACUGGACGAAGUGAUAUAUCAAAUGAUGAAUAUACACAUAUUAAAAUUCAUGGUAAUCAUGCAUUUUCUAUAUUAAAAGUUUAUUCAUUAUCUCAUGACGAACGUUUUGUACUUGUUCGUGAUCCACACAGUUGUACAAGAUAUGAGGAUAAAUACAUAACACGUGAAACACUCAAUCUUUUGCAAGCGUUUCAUCGAGGUGAACGUCGUUCUGGCUCAUUUUGGAUGUCAUGGCGAAUAUUUUUAAAAUAUUUUUCAACAAUUACGAUCUGUCAAUGGCGUUCAGAUCUGUUCGAUGUACGAUCGGAUGGUCAAUUUACGACGGAUGCUAGUCAACCAAUAAAUGCCUAUUAUUUUUAUAUAAAAACAACGACACAAAUUAACAUUAGUUUAGUUUAUCAUAAACAAGAUCGAAAACAACGUACGUGUCAUAUACAAACAUUUUUAUUAUGUGAUAUUAAUUCGACAACGGGAAAAAUAGGUGCAAUAACAGCAAUUAUAAGAAGUAGAAGAGGUGGCUUUACCUACUGGAAUGGUUCACUAAGAGACGGUAGUUACAUGUUAAUUCCAUUUUCCACAAGUUUUUGGUCAAACAAACAUCAUAUAUCUUCAUUAAAAUAUACAGUCGUUAUUCAUUCAUCAAAUCUAUUGGAUUUGACGCAUAUUGAAGAACCAGUCACAUUGUUGGCAGAUUGUUUAAUUGCUGCCGUUAUUAAAAACUGCAGAAAACCAAACAUGGGCAAAGAUUACAAUUAUUAUCAAAUAGAUCGUCAUCUUGAUUGUAUUCCAUUUGUAGCUGAAAAUUGUUCUUAUCAUCAAUAUUUAAAUGUUAGUAUUGAUAUCGAGGAGGCUAGACGAGUGCGAAGUUCAAGGCAAACAUUUUUAACUGUUGAUUCAUUACCGCCACGUACACGUCAAAUUGUAUUUCUUAUCGAAUGGAAAAAUCAGUUGAAUGAAUCAUCAAAUAUGAAUUAUUCAAUUCAAAAUCAUUUUAAUCAUAAACGUUCAGAAAUUUUACCUCAUCUAAUGAAUAUUGAUUUUCAUCAACCACGACCAAUUUUUUGA